AUGAAGGAGCGUUUUCGUCGUUCCCCUGACAGCAUAGAUAAAAGGUUCUGUUUUGACUUGAUUGUUGAUGAAAGACCCGAUGCGUUAACAUUUCAAGCCGUUUCUGAAGAAGAAUGUCGACAAUGGAUUGGCGCAAUGGACAUAAAACAAACGAUUGAACAGCCUUACGUUGAACCGAUAUUUGAAGAUUUGAUAAAAUUGGAAGCUGGAACAUCAAGUGGAACCUCUAAGACUUUGUCAACGGCUGCGGCAAAAAAUUUGCGUGAUCCCUACAUUGAAGCGAACAAUCGGGAUAUAUCCGGGAUUGAAUCACCAACGGCCACUUCUGAAGUACAUAAAAAAGAAAACCUGUGCUCAUCCAAAAUGAAGUUUGAAGUUCUGAAGUUAUCUGAAGAAUUGCCAGCUACUGCUCUUGAAGCGGCCAUGGUAAAAAAUUUGCGGGUUCCCUACGUAGAAACGAAGACUGGGGAUAUGUCCGGGGUUGAAUCAACAGCUGCCACUUCUGAAGCACCUUCAGUACCCAAAAAAGAAAAAGUGUGCUCAUCCAAAACAAAGGAUGAAGUUCUGAAGCUAUCUGAAGAAUUGCCAGCUAUUGCUCUUGAAGCAGCAAUAAAAUCUGGAAUUUCCGACUCCAAAAUGAAGAAUGGAUCCAGUAUUGAACCAUCAAUUGCAACUCUUGAA